AGUAAGCAUGUAUAUUACGGUGAUAUUUACGAAAAUUAUUGAAAGAAUUUGGGAACAAACAAAACCGGAUUUACGAUAGGUCUACGCAAACGCAAAUACGCGUGUGUAAAUAUCAUCUGUUUAUUUUCGUCUCCCAUGUGCCUAUUCAUAGUUACCAAAUGGCCACAAAAGAUAGUUCAGUAUCGGAAAAUUCUGCUUUCAAAUAAAUAAAGCCAAUAAACUUUUUCCACUAGUUACCUAUGUCAAAAUUAUUUAUUAUCCUGUGAUAACGGCACAUAGAAAAGAUUACACCGUUUCGAGUGCAGAUUAGUUCGAUAAACGGUACGUGUAUGACAACAGUGUGCUUCUAAUUUGCCUCUAUCGAAAUAACGCAAUUGCGCCUUGUCACUGCAAUGUUGGGAUUCGUUUUAUGUAUUGCUGGAAUUAUAUCUGUUGUUACAGCAGAAAGUUGCUUCCACCAACGCUGUCUGGGUUGCCAUCCUCAAGAGACCAUUUGGCCAGGAACCUCACAGGAAUGCACUCCCUCCAAUUGGGUUACAGCUCAAUGGCUACACAACUUAGGUCACCCACCACCAUCUACAGAUUCAAAAAUAAAUAUAGAAAUGCGCUGUUUAAAAAUGGUAGCAACACCGGAUGAUAAAUCAUUUGGCAAUACUGUAGACGUGAUACGAGGAUGCGUCCCAAAGGUACAAAUAGACUCCGUCUGCCUUGGUUUAGAGGCAGUUGAACGUGCUCGGGGCCACAGCGACGCAAGAUGUUUCAUAUGCAGAGGAAAUGACUGCAACUCCUCUACCAGCACGCACGCUAGUUUUGCGUCUUUAGCUUUACUCACAUUGUACCAUGUAUUGAGAUGAACUGUUAAUAAUUAUUCAAGAACUUUUAUAAGAUAAUGUCUGCACAUUACACACUGCACAUUAUAUACUUACUAUAACAUUAUUAUUAUAUUAGAUUUUAAAAUAAGAUGGUAAAAAUGUAACAAUGACAUUAGAUUUAAGUAAUGCGUACCCCGUAUUUGACGCUCUAAGUACGUACUUAGAGCAUACUACUACAUGGAUAGUCCCGCUUGUGAUGAUAAAACAGCGCCUUUUUCAUUUGUUAAGCAGAUUCACACCACAUAAUAUGUUAAACUAGUCUACUAGUUCACAUAGAGCGAACAGCCUCGCGAAGCAUUUUCCGCAUGAGGCUUUUCGGUCUACGUGAACGUGUGAUUCAGCGAGGAAAGCGUGUACAAUUUUAUAAGAUAAUUUUCUUGGCGUAAAUUUAGGGUUUUUAUACACAUUUAUUUCUUACAUUUCUUUGUAAACAAGCUUAUUUUUUUGCUUAUUGUAAUCUAGUCUAGUUGGAAAUACAAUGUACUGAAGCUCAAAUUGUUAUCUACGUAAAAUUGGGUUUACAAAAUAAAUGGUUUUUUAUUUAGUCAAA